UCCCUUAUCCCUGCGAAUCCCUUCCUCGGUGACGUGUAGGGGCGCGCGGUGGCAGCACCUCCCCGCGCGCUGCUUAAAAAGAAGAAGAAAAGAGGGAGCGAAACAUGAGAGCCCUAGUGAGCUCCAGCUCCCGCCGGCAGCAGCAGAGGAGGCAUCACCCCAGGCAGGCUGUCCUCUUAGAACUGCAGCUUCGUUUAUAUGGAACGACGAGACGGGACUUGCGGCUGCCAUCUCUACCGUCGCCUCCUUUGCUUCGCGCGCCAGCGCAGAGAACCCUCGGCCCGGGGAAGUCUACGCUCCGCGCUUGGGCACCUCAGAAGCGCCUGUUAAGCCGGCGGCCGCUCUUGUCAAGUUGCGCAGACGCCCCGCGCCGAGGCUCAGCAUCUCCCUUUUGCGCGGCUGGGUCGUGCGCCUGGGUGUCUGGUGGCCCACGGAGUUUUGUUCAUUCCACGACCCUCGGCUGUCCUCCCUCUCACUCGCCUUGGAAGUCGCCUUCUAGUUAAAAACAAAAACUCCGAGUUUUCCAAAGGAAAGCCUUGCAUCAUUGGAUUGCCUUGGGAUUUGUCUCAGCCCGCGCUUGAAGUUCUGGGAAGCGGCAUGGUGGGGCUGAAGAUGCUGCCGUUGAAGCUGCUCUUGGUGGCCAUGGUGCUCUGCUUCUUCGAAGGGGAGACCAAGUUUGGCGAGAGCAGUGCCAAGAGGAGAAGGUGUUUGAACGGCAGCCCCCCCAGGCGUCUCAAAAAGCGGGAUAGGAGGCUGAUGCUCCUGGAGCCAUCCAACGGAGGGGAGCUGCUGUGCCAGGGAUUCUACCCCCGCCUCUCCUGCUGCUCCAGGGCUGAGAGACAAGGGUUGCUCCAGAUGGAGAGCAACAAGAUCUUUUCUGUUACCAACAACACAGAAUGUGUGAAGCUGCUGCAGGAAAUCAGAUGUGCUCACUGUUCACCGAAUGCUCAGAAUCUGUUCCACUCAACUGUGAAAGAAGCAUUGGAAAGAGAAUUAGCCCUUCCUUUCCUGUGCAAGGAUUACUGCAAAGAAUUCUAUUACACUUGCAGAGGUCACAUCCCAGGUUUGCUCCAAAUUACUGCUGAUGACUUUUGUUUCUACUAUGCAAGAAAAGAUGGUGGCUUCUGCUUUCCAGAUUUCCCAAGAAAACAAAUUCGAGGACCAGCUUCUAAUUAUUUGGAUCAAAUAGAAGAAUAUGGCAAAGGAGAAGAUAUCAGCAGGAAACAUAAACACAACUGCUUUUGCAUCCAUGAAGUUGUAAGUGGUUUCAGGCAACCUGUUGGAGCAGUACAUUCUGGGGAUGGAUCACACCGCCUUUUCAUCCUUGAGAAGGAAGGAUAUGUAAAAAUAUUAACACCUGAAGGAGAUGUAGUCAAAGAACCAUUUCUGGACAUACACAAAGUUGUUCAAAGUGGAAUAAAGGGUGGAGAUGAAAGAGGGCUCCUAAGUCUUGCAUUCCAUCCCAAUUACAAAAAAAAUGGGAAGCUGUAUGUGUCCUAUACCACCAACCAAGAGCGAUGGGCUAUUGGGCCUCAUGACCAUAUUCUUCGGAUAGUAGAAUACACUGUGUCCAGGAAAAAUCCACACCAGGUUGAUACGAGGACUGCAAGAAGUUUUCUAGAAGUUGCAGAACUACACAGAAAACAUCUUGGAGGACAGCUGUUCUUUGGUGCUGAUGGUUUUUUAUACAUAUUCCUGGGUGAUGGAAUGAUCACAAUAGAUGAUAUGGAAGAGAUGGAUGGUCUGAGUGAUUUUACAGGUUCGGUACUGCGCUUGGAUGUAGACACUGAUUUCUGCCAUGUGCCUUAUUCCAUACCACAGUCUAACCCACACUUUAACAGCACUAAUCAGCCUCCUGAAAUUUUUGCCCAUGGACUCCAUAAUCCAGGCAGGUGUGCUGUGGAUCGCCAUCCAACAGAUGUAAAUAUUAAUUUAACAAUACUUUGUUCAGACUCGAAUGAGAAGAACAGAUCAUCAGCCAGGAUCCUUCAGAUAAUAAAGGGGAAAGAUUAUGAAAGCGAACCUUCACUGUUAGAAUUCAAGCCAUUCAGUUCUGGACCAUUGGCUGGUGGAUUUAUAUACAGAGGCUGCCAGUCUGAAAGACUUUAUGGAAGUUACAUAUUUGCAGACCGCAAUGGAAAUUUUUUAACACUACAACAGAGUCCUAUUACAAGACAGUGGCAAGAAAAACCGUUAUGUCUUGGCAACAGUGGUUCAUGUCAAGGUUUCUUUGCUGGACAUAUUUUAGGAUUUGGUGAAGAUGAAUUAGGUGAGGUUUACAUCUUAGCAAGCAGUAAAAGCAUGACACAAUCACAUAACGGAAAACUCUAUAAAAUCAUUGAUCCCAAAAGGCCUUUAGUUCCAGAAGAAUGUAAAAGAACAGCAUUUCCUGCCCAGAUAUUGACAUCUGAAUGCUCAAGACAUUGCCAAAAUGGGCACUGCACUCCCACUGGAAAAUGUUGUUGCAAUCAAGGCUGGGAAGGCGAAUUCUGUCGAACUGCAAAGUGUGAUCCAGCCUGUCGACAUGGUGGUGUCUGCAUACGACCAAAUAAAUGUUUGUGUAAAAAAGGUUACCUUGGUUCUCAAUGUGAACAAGUGGACAGAAACAUCCGAAGAGUGACAAGGGCAGGUAUUCUUGAUCAGAUCAUAGACAUGACAUCUUAUUUGCUGGAUCUAACCAGCUAUAUUGUAUAGUGUCUGGGACUAUUUGGAGACUACAUUUUCAAUGGGCAUUUAUUUUUGAAUCUUCUCUUUCCUUUUAUUUGUAAAGACUGUUUUCCUGCUUUGAAACUCCGGUGAUUCCACUGGGUUUGUAAAUCUGUCUUUAUUUUCAGACAAGCAGAAAUGUACCCGUUCACUCACAAAUAUCUGGUUGCAUAACUAGUGGAGCAUUAACAUUGUAUUUCCUCAUGUGGAAUAGUUUACACAGAAAUUCCACUGGUAGCUACAAAAAAAUAUCAGUGAUAUCACUAUGAAUUCGUUGAUGUCCUACCAACAUUAAAUCUUUAAGUAUUUUUAUAUUGCAAUCAGAAAGGAGUUCUGACAUUUUGGACAUAAUUAGAAAAAAAUAGGUACAAAAAAGGGCCAAUGGAUUCAGAUGAUCAAUUUCCAUCCAGUGUAACACAUGACCAUUUUUUUUCUUCCAUUAAGAGCAUUUCUUUGAAACAGUUAAGAAAGCUAAUGUAGCAAGAGCUACAGUUAAUUCUUGUUUAGCAACCACAAUUGGGACCAGCAACUCGGUUGUUCAGCAAAGCGCUUGCUAAGUGAAACUGCAACUGUGCUCAUGAUCUUCAGGUUUCCUUUGUUUACAGACCUGCAAAGGUCAUAAAUGUGAGGAUCGGUCGUAAAGUUACAUUUUUAUCACCGUUAUAACUGCAAAUGGUCACUAAACAAAGCAGUUGCUAAACAAGGAGUACCUGUAUUGCAAUUGUUCAAACGACUGGACAGUUUUAGGGGAAUCACUGUUACUUUGUGAAAAAACAUGACCAUAUGAAUCCACUCUUCCCAUUAUAGCUCUAUUUCACAACUCCUUCAUGCAUUCUUAUAUAGGCAGUUCAUUGUAAGAUUGUAAUCUUCACCUCUAUCAUUGUAACAGAAUGUUAUGCACUUAACUGCUUUACCUGACAUAGAUGCAAGUCUGGUUCUCACAGCUUGAUUUCCACACUGUUUUAAUUUUUUAACCAUUAAAUUAUAUCCGUAUAUUUUAAAAACAGUAAUUCUAAAAGGUCUGCUUUUUAUUGAAUAUCUUAUUUAAUAAUGGGCACUGGGUUUGUUUUACAUAUUUAUAUGAUUUUAUUUUAUUUUUUAUAAUAUAGACAUCACCUAGAUGAACAGCAUUGUAAAAUACUAAAGUUAUAUGUUCCUCCACCUUAAUUGGAAUAAUCAAGAAAUCAAGAGCAAGCACACUCUUUAAUUGUGUUGUGUACUAAUAUAGACCUACAAUGUAUUAUGAUGUCAUUCUUUGUUUAUAAUCCACAAAGUAGUAGCGCCAACUAAUUUGUCAUUUUAAAUGCUGACAAAGUUCUUUCCACUAUAUCAGAACUGGCCCCUUCAUAUGCUCUUACAGAAUUCACACUAAAUAGAACCUUGCUGGAUGACAGCUCACUUUAGCUAAAAAUUGCCUGUGUAAGAGAACAUGUGUAAAAACAUUAAAAAUUAUUAUUGCCAAAUGUGGUUUAAAAUGUAAAUGUUUCUUGGAGAGUAAACAGAAUGUUGUUUCAUUUUUGUAAAUUUAUCAAUAAAUUUGGUGUACAUGCUGUAUUCAGAAUUGUUAAAGUUUUGAGUGAUACUUGAAGUGAAGGAUCUUCUUCAGAAUUUUGUAUGUUUAUUUCUGUGAUACUUGUGACUUGGUCAGGGUAGUUCAUUCUUGCAGCAGAUAUCAAUUUGUCUUUGUGCUAUUGUUUUUACAGAGAAGUCUUCCCACACUAAGAAAAGGAAUGAGCAAGUGUGCUCUUCGUACCACAGUUCAUAAAACACCUGUUCCUAUUCCAAUAGUAUGCAAAGAUGUUAAGCAAUAUACAUUGCUUGAAUAUGGUUUCAGUAGGCAAAGGGAAUGCCUAUAGACUGAAAUAAAAUUAUUUCUUAUGUUUUAGUACAACUAUAAUUUGUAAACAAAAUACAUGAGGUAGCUUGUUCUUGAUCAAAUAUCUCUGCUUAAGCAACAGCAGAAGGAAAUAAGUCUGUACUUACCAUCCACCUUGGUUUCAAGUGUCUUCCUGACAAAUGGAAAUUGGUUGAAAAAUCUUGGUUAAGUUCGCAGUGAACAAGGGGACUGCAUUAAAAAAAUGCAUGCACAAUUAUUGCACAGUGUAAACUAACUUGCACUCUAUUCAGAGAAGGUACAGAAUUAAAUGAGCAUGGAAACUAAAUUACCCUCUUCCCCAGAAAAGAGUGCUCUCCUCCAAUAAUACUAGCACAUUAUUGGCUAAGUAGUGUGACAAAUCUUGCGAUGAACCUUGCAAUAGCUUGCAUCCAUAGUUUAACAGCAACCCUUUGUCUCCACUGCUUUUUAUCUUACUAUCAUUUUGCUGAAUUGCUUCACAAAAAGUUUUACAAUUUUUUUUAAAAAUGCCCCCAAACUAUUUUUAUACAUCGGCUUUACUAUCUAAUCUUCCUUUAUUCACUAUGGGGUUGAUAUUAACAGAAUCUGAACUUCUGAAAAAAAGAGGCAGCUGUCUAGUUCUAUCAAUACUGCCAGUUUUUUUUACAUAUGCAGUUUAUAGCCUUGCCAGAAUAAAAAUAAGAUUACUACAACAUUUACAAACAAUUCACAUUUAGAAGUUUCAAGUAAUUGCAGUCCUGGUGGGGAAGGAAAGGUGAUUUAUCUCUAAGUUUAUACAAUUUCAUCUAUUUUAAGAAAAUAUGUUCUGUUCUUAUAUUACUAAAACAGUUUAAAUACUGAAACGUUUAUUGCAGUAAUGAGAUACCCAGGAAUCAUUGCUUGAAGAUUGAAGCAAGUAAACAUAGAGUAUCAAGGUGCACUUAGGAACAUAAGAACAUAUAAUAAGCAGAAUCAGUCCUUUGUGACUAUUGUAAAAAAUAAUACCUUAAAUAAUAUCUAGCUGCACUGCUUGUAUGAUAAUAGUAUAAUGUCUAUUUUGUGAUACUGAACUGGUGUAACAAUAAGUGUUGAAUUGAGAUAAAGUCAUUGAAUCUGAAUGUCUAAGGAGGCAUUCCAUCUGAUGGAAUAGAUCUUUCUCUGCCUGGUUUCUGGGAGUGUAUAAUUUAUUAUGAGAUCUCCUUCAUGGAAAUGAAUAAACCAUAUUUAUGAGU